AUGGUGGGACCUUUUAUGCAGGGCCUCUUUUUAAUUGGCAUCAUCUACUGGUACUCCAAGGGCAUGAUGUCCAUGAUCAACGACUACUACAGAAGUGAGUUCCAGCGCAAGUUGGAAGUAGAGCCCUCAAAAGCCAAAGCAGAAGUCCCCAUUAAUGUGGAUAACUUCAUGGAUUACGUCAGGGAGUUGGACCCCCCAGAAGAGGUUGCCAGGAUCCCAACGGAAGGAGUUUCAGCUCCACCCCAAAGGAAACAUAGCCAGACACUUUUACGAUUUCUGGAAAUCACCGGAACGCUACCACCUUUUGAUGUUUGUCUCAAAACGAGCGACAUAAGCUAGCUUAACUGAUAAAUAUAUUAUAAUGAUUAUAUCAAGAGUAUUUUGUACGACUUCGUAGAAUAAAAAAAUUGCCACAGAUAGCUAAAAAAAAUUAUUUUAAUUACCCUAAACUUAAGUUAAGAAUAAUACAUACCAAAGCUCAAAGGGUUUUAACUUUAAAUCCUUAAUAAACACAUCAAAGGUU